AUGGUUGCAUCCCAGAAUGUGGAAACGGACAUCCGUGUUGAGUUGGACGAUCAGGAGACGUGCUAUUCGCUUGGUAGAGUCUCGAAGCGCUUGCCUAAGACCAGGAAGAGGGCCACAAGCUCCCCCGGCCUGGAACAGAAGCAACGUCUCGAGAGCCGACUCGAAAAGCGCCGAGACACGAAGCGGCGCAUCCGUCACGUCUCGAUAUCCCAGGUCUCAACGGACAGCGGAUACUCCACUUUGGAGGGUGAAGAUGAUGUGCUGGUGACGUUCCCAUCCUUUGAGCAUGCGAAUGUCAGCUUCGACGAGAUGCUCCAGCGCGAGGCCCGACUCGCCCAGUACCACGAUGCCAAGGAAGACGACCUCGGAGACUGGGACUUUGGCGGCGCCGACAUCGACGAGGCGUUCCUCUACUGGGACAGGCACGAGAGCGUUGUCGACUACGACACCUACGCCGAUCGUCGGGAAAUCCAGGCGAUCUAUAGUGACCUGUACCCGACAGAGUAG